GCUCUCCAUUCUAUUUCCUUGUCAGCCGCCACAUCCCCUUCCCUCCCCUACUCCCCUUAAAAAAACCCUAAAAUUUCAUUAUUCUCGUACUUUCUCUGCUCAGCCGCCAAAUCUGGUUCUUGUAGCAGCUUCCCGCCGUCGACAUUAAGAGCAAGCAUCAAGUUCUCACCCAGCUCAAGUACGAAUCCAAGUUCUAGCGGUAAUGGCUUCAAAACAGCCAAAUACCGGCCUCUUUGUGGGAUUAAACAAAGGCCACAUUGUAACCAAGAAGGAAUUGGCGCCUCGACCCUCUCUUCGUAAAGGAAAAACCAGCAAAAGGGUUCACUUUGUGAGGAGUUUGAUCCGUGAAGUUGCUGGUUUUGCACCAUACGAGAAGAGAAUCACUGAGCUUCUGAAAGUUGGCAAGGACAAGCGAGCACUGAAAGUAGCCAAAAGAAAGCUUGGCACUCACAAGAGGGCAAAGAAGAAGCGUGAGGAGAUGUCCAAUGUACUCCGCAAGAGCAGGGCUGCAGGAGGUGGAGAGAAGAAGAAGUGAAGCAUGUUUGGCUAGUUUGUUUUGGUCUCACACCUAGAAGCAAGGUUUUUACUUCGGUAAUCACAUUUUGUAGGUUCUACAUUAUCAUAUUUAGAGAGGAAACUUUCUUUAUGGGGUUUUGUUGUUUUCCAUUUCAUAGUGAAUCGAAAGAACUGCGGAUUUUAUCAUUUUGUCCCUGGACUUUGUAUUUUGAUAUGAUCUAUUUAGAUUUUUAUUUUGAUGAAAACUUAUUAAGGGGAAAUGACACUAAUGUUUGACAUGA